AUGGAUAACUUCAAACUGGGUUUGUUUGUAGGGAUCAAAUGGCACCAGAUAGCUGCGUACCCUAGUCCUCAUACUAUUGGCUGUUCAUGCCUUGUGAAUGAGUAUACAGAGCAAAGCUCCAACGAGACAGGCACUUACUUGUCAGUGAAAAUGACCUACAUGAAACACAAUCGCAGCCAAGAGGCUUCCCUCCCUGCCCUUUACCCGUCCGAGGAGACUAAAGCUCAGUUCAUUUAUGCGCCAGAGGACAAUAACAACCAGUCCAAUGUGUUCUACCUGGACAUAGACUACGAGGAGUAUGCUCUGUCUUACAGCUGCGAGGAUACUGUGUUUGGGAGAUAUGAAUACGCCGCCAUUUACUCUCGGACUGAUACACUUGCCGACGAAGUAUUUGACAUGCUGAAGGGGAAGCUGGAAGACAUUGGAUCAGACAUGUCAAAGUUCAGAGAGCCACAACACGAAGGAUGUCCGACCGAGAACAAAACUGAAUUAAGCGCAGCUGAAAUUUGAGAGCAGAGCAGGAAAAAAUUGAUCAGUAGCAAGUUACAAAAAAUAGACCACCUAGCGCAACAAUACGAGAGAUUACGAUGGAUAUGAAUACUACUAUUUUAAGUUCGUACGAUGUA